AUGAGCGCUACCUGCCACCAGCUUCCUCUGGGAGCGUACGACGGACCGCACGACCUCGCGGCUUUCCCGACAACGGUUUCCCAAGGCGGACACCAAACCCAUCGCCAUCGGCAACCCACGGCGUCUCAACCACACCAGAUUUACCCCCAUGCGCAGAGCCAGCCUUACUCUCAACCAUCACGGCUGCCCCCUCUAUCUUAUUCACCACGACUCGCAACUUCUUCUAGCGCGGUUCAGCAGCCGCAGGCGAGCACGAGUGCGUUGCUGCCGAGUAGCCAACAAGCACCCCGGUCGUCCUCCACCCCUCAAAGCGGCACACUCAGUGCUCAGCCAAAGUCCAAGGAGAGCAAAUCGGCUUCGUUAACGGGCCAAAGCAGCGAUAUUCCCGCCUUUAUAUGCCCCAAGGGCGGUUCUCUGCCCGAUCUCGUGGCCCAGAUGACUUGCUUCUUCUGGUUCGAGCCCACCGAGGUUCUCCGGGCGGCGGAGACGUUCCGAUCCGAUAGGAAGGCGGCGAGCCUUCAUAGGCUGAGCAUGGAGUCGACCCCUCAGCCCACGUUUAGCAAAUGGGUGCACAACAUACUCAACACGACCCAGGUGACGCGAAACGUCAUCUUGCUCGCCCUUCUCUUCAUUUACCGCCUCAAGAGGCUGAAUCCCGCAGUACGGGGCCGAGCGGGUAGUGAGUAUCGAUUGCUCACAGUGGCGCUGAUGCUUGGCAACAAAUUCUUGGACGAUAAUACGUAUACGAACAAGACAUGGGCCGAUGUGUCAUAUCUUUCGGUAUCCGAUAUCCACUUGAUGGAGGUCGAGUUCCUUAGCAAUAUGCGCUACAGCCUACUGACGACGGAAGGCGAAUGGGAUGAGUGGUUGAAUAAGCUCGGGUCCUUUUACGACUACUACGAGGCGGCCCGAAGCCUGCCAUCUCCGGCUCUCAAACUCGCGAUCCCAUCGCCCACCGCGCCCCUCCACUCCACCCUACCCGACGCUCCCGCAGCGAAUGGCCAGGGCUGGCUGGCGGUCUCGUCGCCGCUGGCGAAUAGGCCCAACCUCGCGGUCGGCAACGUGAGGAAGAGAAGCAUCGAUUCGGACCUGGCGGAGCCUCCCGCGAAGCGCAUGUCUACGCACGGACCUUAUUCGAUGCCUUCUGUUUCUAGGGUUCCACCAACUGCGAUGAACGCUGCGGUUCAAGUUCCCGUUCCCUCUGCGGCGGUGCUUGAGCCCGCUCGAAGGCCCGGUCCGGUGCCCACGCUCACAAUCAACACGCAAGCCAUGGUCCCGCAGGCAACGAUGCCGUGCCCCGCCAUGACGACGACGCCCAACACGUUGCAGCCAUCCAUGUCCCUCCCCCUUGGUGCCCGGCUUGUUCACUCGGCAAGCGCACCCAUGGCCGGCCCGAUGGCGUCGCAACUGUCGGCCCACACCCUCGGCCAGACGACGUACUUGCAGCCGCAACAACCGCAGCUCCAGCAGGUGGCGGCGCCGCCGAUGCAUCAAGUACAGCACUCGCAUCAACAGCAUCAGCAUCAGCACCAGCACCAGCACCACCAGCAGCAGCAUCACCAGCACCAGGCCCACCCGGCGCACCAUGCCCCCACGAUGUCGUUCACGACGCCCACCAAGAACCAAAACUCGGGUGCGCACCCGGGCAUGUAUAACUCGUCGCCGCUCGCAGAGGCCUACGGAGCCGGGUCGAUGGUGCACACACCGGUGAUUCACACGCCCAUCUCUCACUCGCCGAGCAUCUACCUGCAGCAAAGGCCGAGCCCGUACAAGCCGGUGCGACACGUCAACACGCUCCUCUACCCGCCGCCGUCGGCAUCUUUGGAGGAGUAUCACCUCGCCGUACCUCCGCAACAGAUGCACUAUCACCCGCUCGGCCGACGCAACGACUUGCGGACCGGUAUUGUGCCCGACUUUGUCCCAUAUCGCGGAUACCAGGGCCACACUCCCCGUUACUCAGCCAGGGUACCCUUGAAGCUCUUAGUCUCGGCAUCUGCAUGGCAUGGCAUCAACGGCAUUGAAUGGGCCUGA